AACUAUGAUUAACAAAAAUCUUUGAAAAGAGAGUGAUGCUGUAACAGAUGCUCUCUCUUUCACUGUAACUUUACAGUGCGCAUGGAAUAUCCAUAAGCAACCAAAAAGAGGUCAGAGCUUUCCCCACUUAAAAAGAAUACAAAAAGAUAAAAAAAAUAUUCAAUCAGCUGAGAUUCAAAAUUUUCAUGCUCCCUGUCUGCAAAAAUAUAGUCUUACACACCCAUUAGCCUUAUCUUUUCCAAAAACCAUUGUACUGCUCAAAAACUGUUAAAGCAUAUUAAAUACCCUCUCCUUUUUCUUUCCUCACAUAAUACAUGAUCAAUGUCUAUUUAUUGCACAAUUUCCUGACAUAAUUGUUCAAGUUCCAAUAUUUUUUUUUAUUGUAAAAGCUUAUACCUUUUGUUCUUCCAAUCUAUAUAAGCUUCCAUUCAACAAACAAACACACACUGCAUCAUCAGUACUGGUAUUCCAUGGCAUCUGAAGGUACAACCUUUAUUCUCUCACUUUUUAUUCUCUCAUCUGUUUGUUAAACGUAUUUGGUCAAUGUUUUCAAGCACAGAACUAAACUUAAAGUCAUUGUGUUACUGUUCAUAACGAAACAGUACAUAAAAUUCAGUUGCCCCAUCUGACAUAAGCUUCGGUUGUUUUCUUUCUCUCUAUCUCAAUCUCCAUCCUACUCAAUUGAACAAGGCAGUUAAUGCAACUACCAGAUUGUACGAAACUGCAGAUGCAUCUUCUUCUGUUCAGUUACUGACUCAAGCAAGGAUUCUUCUCAUCCUGUUGGCUCUUGGGUUAGUGUUCUAGUUUUGGAAGCACCUGGAUCUAGCGUUGGUAAUUAAGAAGGAUCAGUUUGUCAUUCAGCUUUCAAUUGGAUCUCUUUUAGUUUCACUUCAUCAGUGAUAGUUGUCAAAGUAGUAUCAUCAAUGGAUGGUCUAAGUUGGGAUGCCUCAUCACAACUUGUUGCUAACACACCGGUCUUGUGGAGCACUCAGUCUCAAGACCUUGAAGGAGACUAUCAUCAUUCCAUGCCCCACCUAAGUUCAAGUGUUCUGAAUAAUCAAACAGGCUAUGCAUAUCCCAGUUCUGAAAAGGCGAGGGGCAUGGUUCAGUUAUCCACUAUGUCUGAGAUAAUGAGUAUGAUGCCAAACACAAAUCUGCCACAAAGAAUUACAGCAACCAUGCCUGUGAAAUCAGGAGCAGCUGGAGCCAGUUGGGAAGAGGCUUUAAUAUCCCAAUCAUGCCCAUCCCUUUCGGUGAAUUAUGUAGCAGAUCUCAACAAGGCCCACCAACAACAACAACAGCUUAUCAAUGGCACACAAAACGGCAAGGCUACUACCUGCUCUCUUGAUCAGUCAAUUGAUUGCUUGCUUUCAGCUACUAAUAAUAGUAACACAGACGCGUCUGUCGAAGAUGAUGGGAUUUCGAUGAUUCUCUCUGACUGCAGAAACCUAUGGAGUAACUUCAGUUAUGGCAGUGCAGCUUCCUCUGGUGAAUCUGAUAGCAAUGCUUCCAUUAAUGCUAGAAACAGUGACAUGCGGUAUCCAUCAGUCAGUGAGCUGGAUGAAUCAGUGUCUCAAAGUUUCUCUGAUCAAUAUCUCAGUCAAGUAAGAGUCAUAGAUUCUGAAGUUAUUUGCACAAAAAGGAGCAGUAGUUCAUGCUUCAGCAUUGCUCAGAAUUCUUCUGCCACUGAAGGUGGUUUCAGGCUUAUCUCAGAGACUUCACCAAAGUCCAAGAGACCCAGAUGGAUUCAUAAGCAUCCUGGUUCAUCAAAUAUCAACUUCCAGCAGCCAAAUUCAUCUGUGACACCUUCCUUUGAAGAACCUGAUCCUGAGGUCAUAGCACAAAUGAAGGAAAUGAUAUAUAGGGCUGCAGCUUUUAGGCCAGUGAACUUGGGCCUUGAAGCGGUGGAAAAGCCAAAAAGGAAGAAUGUUAGGAUAUCAACUGAUCCACAGACAGUGGCUGCCAGGCAAAGAAGGGAGAGAAUAAGUGAGAGGAUUAGGGUUUUGCAGAAGAUUGUGCCUGGUGGAAGCAAGAUGGACACUGCAUCAAUGCUUGAUGAAGCAGCAAACUACCUCAAGUUUCUCAGAUCACAAGUCAAAGCACUGGAAAAUCUAGGCAAUAAGCUUGACACAAUGAAUUGUCCUCCCACUAACAUAGACUUCUCUUUCAACCCUUCUUUUCCCAUACAAACACAUUUCCCCAUCCAAAACCCUAGCAGCCACAUCCAAUAUUCCAAGGGUUGAAAACUUGACAUGAUUAUUAUCAUGAAAGAAAAGAUGUAAAAAGGGAUCUGAGAACCUAUAACUUCUAAUUUUAUUCCAUCCAAUGACUAUGAUUAACAUAUGCUCAUGUCCUAGCCAAAACUGCAAUUUUGUUCAUUAGUAGUCGUUCAUGUAAUUUUCUUCUCAGAAUAUCUACAGUGAGACUUGUUUAAAAUUCUCAUUAAUGAUCUAGUUGCUAUUUUUAUUA